AUGGCUAAAACACAAAAUUCAUUCCACAUUCUCAUGGUUUCCCUUUGUUUUGUGUUGCUGAUCAACAAUGUGAAGUCUGAUUCACUUUCAUUGCGCUUCCCCAAUUUCGCGCCGAGACAAAACUCCAACAUCGGUUUCCUUGGCGAUGAGCGUCCAUUAGACGGUGCAAUUCAAUUGAGAAGAAGAGACAAUAAUGUACCCAGUGUUGGUUGUGCAGUUUAUAUUCCACAAGUGCACCUUUGGGACAAAACCACAGGCAAACUCGCAAACUUAGAAACAUCAUUCUCCUUCGUCGUAGACUAUUAUUCCGCUGGUUUUGAAAUCCACGUUGAUGGCUUGUCUUUUUUCAUCAUACCUUUCGAUGCUGACCCUAGUAUCCCCAAGAAUUCAUCUGGGGGAUACCUUGGACUAUUCAGCCCCGAAACCACUUUCAACGCAUACAAAAGCCAAAUCGUGGCUACAGCUUUGGAAAUGAAUGGGAUCCCAAACCUCAUUAGGUAUUACGCUGAUGUUAAAGAAUUGAGUGUUGUUGUAGGCUAUUUUAAUACUCAACCUGCCACUAUUGUUCGCGUCUUACAAUCCAUUGAUUUGCGGGCUGUUCUUCCGGAAUCGGUUAGAAUUGGUUUCUCUGGUGCCACUGGUGAUAAGGUUGAAACACAUGACAUUCUUUCUUGGUCUUUCAAUUCACGCAUCUAG